AUGGCCUCCCAACAGAAAACGCGUGUUUUGAGAGUGGGCAUCAUUGGCUGUGGCGAGAUCACUCAAGUCAACCACAUCUCCAACCUCAACUUCCUCUAUGAGCGCUUCCAGACGACGUAUCUAUGCGACAUAUCCCACCAAUCCCUUGCACACUGUGCCAGGAAGGUUCAAGGAGGGACGCCAAAGACGACCACAGACGCGGCAGAGCUGUGCUCGUCGCCCGACGUCGACGUUGUGGUAAUCGCCAACACGGACGCAUACCAUGUCGACCAUGGCAUAUUGGCGCUCAAAAGCGACAAAUAUGUUCUCAUAGAGAAGCCUGUGUCAGUUUGCUUCCGCGAUAUCGAUCUUCUCAUUGAGGCAGAAAGAAAUUCGAAAGGUAAAGUCAUGGUCGGUACCAUGCGUCGGUUCGCUACGGUCUUCACGGACGCGGUAGAGGAAGUCGGCGGUAUGGACAAGAUUCAGUAUGCCCGGGUCCGAGACAUCAUUGGACCCAACUCAACCUUCGUGGGCCAAUCCGGCACAUUUCCUAUCAAAUUUAGCGACUAUAGUGAUGUUGACACUCAAGAGCGACUGAAGCGUGAGGAAGACAUAUCAGAGCAGGCCAUCGGGAGGGAGUUUGGGGUACCUGUCACCUCCGAGUCACAGAGGAUGUUGAGGCUUCUUGGGGGACUCGGAACUCACGAUCUAUCCGCCAUGAGAGAAAUCAUCGGCAUGCCCAAGAGCGUCGCCGGAGCAGUUUUGACGUUCCCGGGAAUUUUCAGUGUCCUCUUCAAUUACGAUGACUUUCCCGUCACGUACGAAUCCGGGAUCAACAACGUUCCUCAGUUCGACGCCCACAUUGAAGUCUACUCUCCAAACAAGAUUGUCCGCGUCAAUUUCGACACCCCUUAUGUCAAGGGAUUACCUGUCACGAUGACUAUCCGGGAGUUGGUGGGCGAGGACGGGUUUCAGGAGCGGACGGUCAGGAAGACAUAUCAAGAUCCAUACACGAACGAGUUUUUGGAGUUUUAUGACUGCGUGGUCAACGGGAAAACCCCAAAGACUAGCACUACGGACGCAAGAAACGACAUCGAGCUGUUCAAGAUGAUCCUUCGAGCGGAUGCUGGAAGGUACUCGAGCACGUAG